UCACGAGACGUCGAAGAGACCGGAAGAGAAGAGAACCAGGAUCAUCAGUGAGUGAGUUUCAUCCGAAUGAUUUUCCAGCCUUCACUUUUGCUUUAAACUUUCCAACUCAAUAAAUGACGAUGGCCUCCCGGGGAAAGAGUGAGACAGAAAAGUUGAAGCAGAACCUGGAGGAACAGCUGGACAGACUGGUGCAGCAGCUGCAGGAUCUGGAGGAAUGCAGGGAAGAUUUGGAUGAAGAUGAGUAUGAAGAAACCAAGAAUGAAACCUUGGAGCAGCUGAAGGAGUUCAGCAAGACUCUGGAGCACAUGGUUCAGGGAGACAUGACACUGGUGGAUGAACUCAACAGUAUGCAGCUGGCCAUCAGAGCAGCAAUUAGUGAAGCUUUCAAGACCCCAGAAGUCAUCAGAAUGUUUGCCAAGAAACAACCUGGACAGCUUCGACAGAGAUUAGCAGAGAUGGAGAGAGAUGCGAAGGUAGGCAAGCUGCCCCCUGAUGUGUACACACAGCAGAAGAUGGAGGUUCUCAUGGCACUCAGGAAACUGGGCGAACAGCUAAAACCAGAGGAAGCAAAUUUCCUGACGACGAACAGUAAUGCAGCGCUCAGCCAGUUUGAGAAGGUGUCUGAAGACAUGGGUGCUGGAGAUAAGCUCUUACAAGUUGCCGGCUCCCAGGUGGCAGCAGCCGAGAAGUAGAACAGCGGGGCCUGUGCUGUUCCAGAGGGAAGGGUGGCGGUGAUCGGAACAGCCGUGUUUUUGAUAGCCAGAAUCAAUUUCUCACACGAUAACACUGGCAGCUUUUGUUGUAUUGUUGGUGAGGAAUGUAUAAUCUUCGGAAUAUAAUCUUCUGGGGUUCCAUGUAUACUUUUUGCAAGGACAAAUUUUUUUUUAGGGUUUUAAGAUCACAAGAGGUUGUUGGCAUUAUGUUGAUAUGUUGAGUGCAAAUUCUCACCAGUUUUAAGAUAAGUACAUUCCUGUACCCAUAACUUAGCAGAAAGACUUCAGUUAAUGUCAAGAGGGGAUAGACCUUAACAAGUUUAUUCCCUUUUAUUUCUAAUUGCCACUUCCAUAUACCAUACAUGUAUAUCUAAUACCUUUUCCCAUCAAAUGUUGCAGAGACUUUAGAAUUCCUGACUGACCUCCUAAAAACUUUUAAAAUGGGCUAGGCUAACUCUAUUAUUGCUAGGCUCCUUGGGUGGUACAAGUUUCUCCCUGAAUGCUGGGACAAUUAUUAGGUGGGCAAAGUGUUUGUGCCUGAGGCCCCAGACAGUAGAAUUUCUCAGUGCAGCUACUGAUAGGUGUUAAGGAGAAAGUGAUAUGAGAUGAACAUCCAUUAUCUAGGGUAUUGUUUGAUAUAUAUACAAAAAAAUUCUGACAUUAAAUGAGCUUCCAUCUUAUCAUAGCAUAUUAUUAUCAUUAUUGAGAUGCAAUAUUAGGCUUUCUAUCCAUCCAUUUGUAUUAUUUGAGAUCCAGAUAAAGUCUACUUGCAGAAAUAUUGAUCAUACAUUUUAUUUCUGCAAAAUAAACUAAUAUUAAAAAAAAACAGUUUACGAUUGUUUUUGCAGACAGACCUUGUUUACAUAUUAUAUUCCUUUUGUCUAGACUCUAUGCAAAUCCCACUCUAUCUCUAGGAUAACAUUUCUGUUAUACUGCAGAGGAAGGACCAUAAAGUGCCGCCCACACUGUCAUUCUAUCAGCCUCAAGCUGUAAAAUUUACCGAGUAAUUUUCCCAGUCACUAGUUGCUGAUGAGCACAAGUCCCCAGUGAAAUUCGACAAGCUCGUCCAAUAUAUCGAAUUGGGAAACCUCAGCGUUAUAUGCAAGCCUUUUUCAAUUGCCAAUGUUUUUGCCCACCAUUUCUCUCUUAGCAAAAUACUGUAUAAUCCCUAGGCUUAUCGGUGAAACGGUGACUUCCAGCAUUUUUCAGACCAUCUGAUUGAUAUCCACAUUUGCACUAUCUUUUUGAUGAGGCAAUGCAGAACAAAGUUGUCUAAAUAGAAUAAAAGCCCAAAUUUCC